GGAACCUGUUCCGUAAACCAGUUCACAGUUCACAAAGGCUGCGGUGUUCAAAGAACAUAGUUUUCAUUUCUUUCUUCAUUUUUUCAAGAGAAUUUUCACUUAUUUCAUGGCUUUUCCGACAACAAGUGCACAGCAAGCCGAAACAAACCGAAAGAUUCUCGAGGACAUCCAGACCAAAAAGCAGCUGCUUGCUGGCGGGAUAAUUAACCUGGGACUGAGCAACACAAAUCAGAUGCCCUCUCCUCAGUUGCUCGGUCAGCCGACAGUAGCACCUGAAUUCCUACCGCAGGGCGUGGGCUUACCCACAAAUGCCACGCCGCCCCGAUCCGCAUUUAACCCUACCAGUUCCACCACUUUGGGCUUCUUUAUCCCCCAAGAUUCGUAUUUUGGGAACAGCUUCAUUCCCGUGCUUCCUCGCCUGGAGCCCUUACCGACGACCACAGCCCCGGCCACGACGACGGCCAGCCACAUCGCACCCAAAUAACCGAACUCCCAUAAUUAAACAUGGCCCGCCUUAA